CCCCUCUCCCUCGGAGGGCCCGCCCCUCUGGGCGCUUCUUCCGGGUGGGGCCGGGGGCCGAGGUUAUGGCGCCCUGGGCGCUCCUCAGCCCGGGCGUCCUGGUGCGGACCGGGCACACGGUGCUGACCUGGGGAAUCACGCUGGUGCUCUUCCUGCACGACACCGCACUGCGACAAUGGGAAGAACAGGGGGAGCUUUUCCUGCCCCUCACCUUCCUGCUCCUCGUCCUGGGCUCCCUGCUGCUCUAUCUGGCCGUGUCACUCAUGGACCCAGGCUACGUGAACAUCCAGCCCCAGGAGGAGGCCAAGGAGGAGCAGACAGCCAUGGUUCCUCCGGCCAUCGCCCUUCGGCGCUGCAGACACUGCAUGGUGCUGCAACCCCUGCGGGCCCGGCACUGCAGCGAGUGCCGCCGCUGCGUCCGCCGCUACGACCACCACUGCCCCUGGAUGGAGAACUGUGUGGGGGAACGGAACCACCCGCUCUUCGUGGCCUACCUGGCGCUGCAGCUUGUGGUGCUUCUGUGGGGCCUGUACCUGGCAUGGUCCGGCCUCCGCUUCUUCCAGCCCUGGGGGCUGUGGCUGCGGUCCAGCGGGCUCCUGUUCGCCACCUUCCUGCUGCUCUCCCUCUUCUCCAUGGUGGCCGGCCUGCUCCUGGCCUCGCACAUCUACCUGGUGGCCAGCAACACCACCACCUGGGAGUUCCUCUCCUCGCACCGCAUCGCCUACCUCCGCCAGCGCCCCGGCAACCCCUUUGACCGGGGCCUGAUCCGCAACCUGGCCCACUUCUUCUGCGGAUGGCCCUCGGGGCCCUGGGAGACCCUCUUGGCCGAGGAGGAGGAGGAAGAGGGUGAGGGCAGCAGCCAGGCUGUUUAG